UGAAACGUCCUAUUUAAAGCAACUUUUCCGUGCACUGUCUUCUGCCGCUGCUUCCUGAAGAUUGAAGAAGGAAAGAAUCAAAGAAAUGAGAUGUCUAAUCUUAAGCCUGGGCUCCCCUUUCUUUUACUUUUAGCUUUGCACUCUUCCUUCCUCUUUGAUUCUGCCUACUCUGAGAUAUUUUUUGAGGAGACAUUCCAAGGUGGCUGGGAGGGCCGUUGGGUUUUAUCCGACUGGAAGAGGAGUGAAGGAAAGGCAGGCACCUUCAAGCAUACGGCAGGAAAGUGGUCUGGAGAUCCCGAUGAUAAAGGUAUCCAGACAUUUAGUGAUGCCAAGCAUUUUGCAAUAUCCGCAAAGAUACCAGAGUUCAGCAACAAGAACAGAACUCUAGUGGUCCAGUAUUCUAUUAAAUUUGAGCAGGACAUUGAAUGUGGUGGUGGUUACUUGAAACUUCUUUCUGGUUAUGUCAAUCAGAAGAAAUUUGGUGGUGAUGCUCCUUAUAGUUUUAUGUUUGGACCAGAUAUAUGUGGCUCACAGACUAAGAAGCUCCAUGUUAUAGUUUCGUACCAGGGGCAGAAUUACCCUAUUAAGAAGGAUCUUCAGUGUGAAACAGACAAAUUGACUCAUUUCUAUACAUUUAUUCUGAGGCCUGAUGCUUCUUAUAGUAUCCUGGUUGACAAUCGAGAAAGAGAUUCUGGAAGCAUAUACGUAGAUUGGGACAUCCUUCCUCCACGUAAAAUCAAGGAUGUAAAUGCAAAAAAGCCAUCUGAUUGGGAUGAUAGAGAGUACAUCGAAGACCCUAAUGAUGUCAAACCAAAGGGAUAUGAUUCCAUUCCAGCUGAAAUUCCUGAUCCAAAAGCCAAGAAGCCAGUUGAUUGGGAUGAGGAAGACGAUGGAAUAUGGAAGCCCACCAAAAUUCCUAAUCCCGCAUACAAAGGACCUUGGAAACGCAAGAAAAUCAAGAACCCCAACUACAAGGGAAAGUGGAAGAUUCCAUGGAUUGAUAACCCAGAAUUUGAGGAUGAUCCUGAUCUUUAUGUGUUGAAACCAAUCAAGUAUGUGGGCAUUGAAGUGUGGCAGGUUAAAGCUGGUUCAGCUUCGACAAUAUCUUAAUCUGUGAUGACCCGCAGUAUGCUAGACAGGUUGUGGAAAUUUUA